AGCCAGCCUAGGCAACUUAUCAUGAUCCUGUCUCGAAAUAAAAAGGACUGGGUACAUAGUAAAGCAUUUGCCCAGCACACGUGAGGCCAUGAGUUCAGUCCCUAGCAUGAGAGAGAGAGGAAGAGGGAGGCAGGAGAGAGAUACCUUUGGACCUACAGAGAGAUCACUGGUGGACUUUAGACUCGGCAAAGGAAUGAAGUGAGAGGAAGAGGACAGUGUGAUGAGAGGAAGAAUUAAUAAGUCAGAACAAGGAGGCUUCACAGUGCACUGCCAAGUGUUGAACCAACUAGGAGAUAGUGAGGUUAAGCUGGGGUUUUUGAGCGGAAAGCUUUCUUAGUACUUAAACUACCACUAGGAAGGGCCAAAAGAGACAGGUGGGUGUACUAAAGAAGGCAAAGAAAUAAGCCAAAAGACUGAAGAGGCAGGAGUGUAUUGGAGUGUAGCGAGGAAGAGAGAGUGGCUAGAGUUUAGGUGGGGGUGACGGGAUGAUUAGGUAUUUGGGGACACACAGCAGGGUUGUCCUGGAACUAAUCCCCACAGAUGAGGAGGGACCCUUGUAAAGUAGAAAUGGAUUAUAUCCCCAGGUAUAAAACAAGUAUCCAUGAGUCUGUGCUGACAUAAAUAAAUGAUUGAAUAGGUUAACAAAUAGGGGAGAAGAAACAGAACUCCAGGGAAUAAGAAUUCCAAAUAGAUUGUCUAGGUGCUCCUCCCUACAGGAGGGGGAGCAUUACUCCAGGCUGCCUUAGUCAUUUCUUCCCAAGAAUACAGUUUAGGAAGGGGCAGAAGAAAGAGCAACUUUACAGUGGGAAAACUGGACUCAAACACCCAGCCCGGGGACCGAGGUCACCAUCAGUCACACGCUGAUAAUGUGUACCUCGACGGGAUGUGAUGAAUGGCACUUGACCUCUGUAAGCUUCCUCCCCGCAAACCAGAACCCUAAUGGUCUAAUGUGAGAAAAAGAGCAGACAGACCCGACAGAGGGACAUCCUACAGCACCCCUGCCCAGUGUCCCUCGAAACCAGCAAGGGCUUGAGGGCUCAAGGCCGUGGCAGGAGAGGCCUUAUCUUCAUUUGUUCUCUUGGAACUCAGCAAGCAAGAGUGACAUCUAAACCAGAAGGAGGAAGAGAGGAACCCGAAUCUUCUCAGCUGGUUGGGCCCGUGGUUACCCAUCAGUCUGGGGAUGAACCACCUCAAUGAGACCGGCCACCAACUGAAAGUCAGGACAUGACCCCUGGUCAGGAGAGAGAGGACAAGGAGCCCUUGAGGUUCCAAGGCUGAUCUCCAGGGACUGCCACAUGCAAAGACUGCAGGAGGCCUGGGCAUGAAGCAGCAGCAGUGGUGCGGGCUGACGGCCAAGAUGGGCACCGUGCUGUCGGGGGUCUUCACCAUCCUGGCCACCAACAUGUACCUCAUCUUCGAGCGGAAGCACCUGGGGCACGGCAACUGCUCCGAGAUCAGCCUUCAGGAGGAGAGCCCCAACCCCGCGCGGCAGUUCCUCGUCUGCUGGAGCUACACGAUCGUGCUGUGCCUGUCCAUGGUCACCAUCGUCCUCAGCUGCCUCCUGCUGUACGCCGUGUACGCACAGAUCUACAGCGGGCUGCUGGUCUACGGGGUCUGGAUCCUCUUCUACGAGGCCGUCAACCUGGUGGUCCAGGUCUUCACCAACAAGCUCAGCUCCACCGAGGUGCGCGCCAUGCGCUGGCUGGGCUUCGUGCUGCGGACCCUGCUGCACUGCUACGGGCUCUUCUUCGUCGUCGUCUACGCCCACACCAUCUACAAGAGCCAGAACCAGGGGAACAUCGUCUUCUACAACAGACGCGUUUCCAUGAGCGGCGGAGAGACCCCUCGGCAGAAGUCAAAGAUCCUGAGCUUUGUCCACCACUAUAAAGAGUGACCUGGGCGCCUGUCUUUCCCCAAGAGGCAGGUCUCUCCGGUUCUUAGGGUAGCCCCUUUCUUGCUCUCUCCCCCGCCCCUUUGGCUGAGCAGUUUGGCCAGUGCAGACCCCACGGCCACUCUUCCAGGGGGAAUGUGGAGAGAUGAAGUGAUUCUGAUCAUAAAGGGCGUAUCCUGCUCCUUGAGGGCAUUUGUUGAGUUCAAGGGCCUCAUGAUGGAUCAAACCUUCCUUGAAUUCUGCCUUCCUGUUCUGGUUAUGCUACUGCAUAACCUUACUGGUCAAAAUCAAGAUGAAAAAGUACAGAAAUGAAGCUGAUUUGCUGAACAGCCGGCUCUCCUUGUUUUGAUAUGUCUUCAUUCGUCUUCAACCCACAGCUCUUUUAAUGUGAUCUCGGGCUAGCCUCAUCUGUAUUUAGACUCAGAUUGUUGUAGCACAAAGAAAAGACACUGUUGGCCUUGGGGUGGAUUUGUGCUAUGGUUUCCCCCUCUGUCUUCUAUGCUAUAUUCCAGAUAAGUAAGACAAUAAAAAUAGAGGAGAAUCA